GCUGAGACCGGCUGUCACCGUGGGGCGGGCGGGCUGCCGAAGCCGAGCCCCGGCCAGGAGUAAACGGAAGGCCCCGCAGGUGAAGGGAGAGGAGCAGCCGGCGGCCGGGAAAUGAAGGAUUGCUGUGGAAUUGCUUUGAGAAGCACUUUGUCAUCUCAGAGGUCUCUCUCACUGAAGAUUAAUCUCAAAGGAGCAUCUGUCUCCUCAAGCCUUUGUUAAUGGCCAUUAGCAACUACAGAUGCUUUUCAUGACUUGGAAAACAUCGACCACCUUUGUGUUUGGCCUGCUUCAGGUAGCCGAAUGAAAGUUUCUAGUUGUUCAGAGAACACUUGCUGAAGCACCUCAUUGCUGGGUGAAUGUUCAAGAAGCCCUUUCCUGAACUAGCUUAGGAGGCAUCUACCUCUUGGAGCCUGUGACAUGGAAGCUUUGGAAGUAGAUGACAUCAGCCCAGCCUUGGAAGUUACUGAGGAUUUCUUUAGCACUUUUGACAGUAAGCUAGAGAAGGCUGUGCAGCAAGCAGAGGUUUACGGAAUUCAGGAAGUCCCUGAGUUGGUAGGGCAUGAGGUACUCAGUAACUUAACAGACAAUGGUGCUAUCAGAAAUGUUACCGCCCUUGGCAAGGGGGGUGUGAUUUGGGACCACUGUAAGAGCAGGCUCUUAGAAACCAAAGUUCAAAAUGUCUUCCCUGCCAAAGAACAGUUUAUGGUCCAGAAAGGAACAACCCCAGAUAAUCUUUCCUGGAUGCAACAAAAGGAAGUGUCAACCUUUAAUUUUUUCAACAUCUGUCAACGUCGGAGGGACAGACCUAGAUCUGUGAAUGAUUUGUUAGAUGAGACCUCUACUUUUAAGCCAGGCCAUGCUCGAUCAAGGUCAGAUAUCACCCAGAUGGACUGGAGGGUAGUCCUCCAAACCAUGCCUUUGCAGCAGCAGCAGCAGCAGCCACCUCUUCAGGGCCUGCAGUUCACCAGGCCAUCCUUCCUGCUGCCCUCUCCAAAUAAGGUCGAAGAUGCUCAAGGAAAUACUGAACACAAGCAGGCAUUCCCAAACAUUCUAAAGAAGGGUUACCUGGAGAUUCGGAAGGAUCACGACAGCUACUGGCAAAGCUGUUAUGCAGAACUCUCACCCUACAACUUGGACUUCUACAGCCUCGACAGCAGUGGGAAUCAAAAUCUCUGUGCCACAUACCAGCUCUCCCACUUCCAGAGCAUCUCUGUCCUGGGCAACCUCGAGGCCAGGCUGGUGGACACCGUUCUGUAUGACAACACUCAGCUGCAGCUAAAGGCAGAGUCACCGUGGGAGGCUCUGGACUGGGGGCAGAAGCUCUGGGAAGUCGUGCAUGCUGCCGUGCCUGGCUGCGUGGGACGGCAGGAUGCGCUGGCCAACUCCCCAGGGCCUGCUCAUCAUGCUGACUGUGCACAGAAUCAUUGUUUACAGAAGUCCAGUGAGCUGCUCCUGCCAUCCCCCGUCCUGGAUAGUCCUAAGCAGUACCAAAACAUCCUCAAAUCAGGGACACUCUACAGGCUCACUGUCCAGAACAACUGGAAGGCAUUUACCUUUGUGCUGAGCAGGGCCUCCCUGAUGGCAUUUCAGCCCGGCAAGCUGGAUGAGGAUCCCCUGCUAAGCUACAAUGUGGAUGUGUGUCUGGCUGUCCAGAUAGACAACCUGGAUGACUGUGACUCUUGCUUUCAAGUUAUUUUCCCCCAAGACGUCCUCCGCCUCCGGGCUGAGACCCGGCAGAAGGCUCAGGAGUGGAUGGAGGCUCUGAAAACAGCCGCCAACGUGGCGAGGAGUUCAGAGCAAAAUCUGCAAGUCACACUGAGGAACAAAGCCAAGGACCAGAUAGGUGGGCAAGAACUCAGGAAGAACAAACGCCAGUCCGUCACCACCAGUUUCCUGAGCAUUCUGACGACCUUGUCUUUGGAACGAGGGCUCACUGCUCAGAGCUUCAAAUGUGCAGGAUGCCAGCGGCCUAUAGGCCUUUCUAAUGGAAGAGCGAAGGUCUGCAAUUACAGUGGGUGGUACUACUGCAGCAGCUGCCAUGUGGACGACAGUUUCCUCAUCCCAGCACGCAUAGUCCACAACUGGGACACCUCAAAGUAUAAGGUGUCUAAGCAGGCCAAAGAGUUUCUGGAGUAUGUGUACGAAGAGCCCCUGAUUGACAUCCAGCAGGAGAACCCCAUGCUGUACCUCCACGCCGAGCCGCUGGCUGCGGUGGUGCGUCUGCGGCAGCGGCUCAAGUCGCUCCGGGCCUAUUUGUUCAGCUGCCGGGCAGCAGUGGCUGAAGAUCUACGCCGCAGAAUUUUUCCCAGAGAAUACCUCCUUCAACAGAUCCACCUAUAUUCCCUCGCCGACCUGCAGCAGGUGAUAGAGGGGAAGCUGGCUCCAUUCUUGGGCAAGGUCAUUAAAUUUGCCACCUCACACGUGUACAGCUGCAGUCUUUGUAGCCAGAAGGGGUUCAUCUGUGAAAUCUGUAACAAUGGAGAGAUUCUCUACCCUUUUGAGGAUAUUUCAACAAGCAGGUGCGAAAGCUGUGGAGCUGUUUUCCAUUCUGAAUGCAAAGAAAAGUCUGUCCCCUGCCCGAGGUGCGUGCGCCGAGAGCUGCAGAUGAAGCAGAAGUCCUUCUGGCGGAGGCUGAACAUGGACGAGAGCCUGGAGGAGGCCUGCAGCAUGUUCGAGCUAUCCUACCAGAACACCUGACUCAGCAGGACCACGGCCAGGGAUUGACCUCAGCGCUCCAUCAGCCCCAGCGGCUUCCUAACUAGCCAGUUAGACCCCUUUGGAAGAGAGUAUGUCUCGUCUUCAGCUAGAUAGAGUAUUUAUUUAUAUAUACACACAUACCUAGACAUCUUGUAUGAAUGUUCUGUACAAAUCAUUGUCCAAAAGGUUCAUGAAGACUGUGUGGCUCAAAAAAUUACCAAUAGCUGAAUUACACUUAGCCAUGAAUUUCAGCUGCUUUUUUGCCAAGCAAAACGUGGUUUACACACAAUGCUUUAUAGGUCAGAUUUUUUUUUUUCUUUGUGUUUUGGCUCUCGGGCCAUUUUAUUAUACAGAGCACAGGAGGAAGCAUUUCCUACGGAACUCCACCACUUCAGGUUAUUUUUGUGUUAUUUAUUUUUAGCCUUUAUAGAGGAUGAGGUAAUGAGGCUAGCACCUAUCGUCAUCUGUCUCGUAAGAAAAUCUUCAAAACACAGGAGGGACUCCCACGACCUUCCAGGGCCACCUCUCUGGCUGGCUGGCCUCAGUUUCUGCUGCAGAGGCGGGGUCCCUGACAUGGAGCCAAAUGGCUUAGAACACUGGAGUACGAGCUCACUCUGACAGCAAGUAUGCGCUCCUAUUUACGAGGAGAGCUAGUUCUGGAUUUGAAGUUAAUCUCAGAAAGACUUUUUCCUGAGAAAAGAUGAGAUCUCUGCAACCAAUAACACAAGUGGUUGUUCUGUAUGAAUCUGCUGGUACGAAUCUCAAGGCCCACCUAAUGCAGUAAUAGGCCACCAUUUUGCCAGGUUGUCCAAAUGACUCUUGAGAAGUGUUUUGCAGGGUUUUCAUGGGUAAUAUUUAUGAUGUUUUUAAUGGUGCUGGUUUGUGAAAAUUUGCUAGGAUGGUUAUGUAAUACACCAGUUUGUAAACUGGUCUAAAAGGUACACAGUGUACAAUUCCAAAAGAUGGUCUUCAAUUUCUUUCCACCAAAUUUUGUGCAGGCAUUUCCCUGCCGAGUCAUUUUAAAUGCUUUAUUUCUCAUUGUUCUUCAUCGCAUUUCCAUUUUGACCUUGACUUGGUCCACUUAAUCAUGUCUACUUUCACAUUUUAUACUUGUUUAAAAAAUCAGAGUAACGUGGAAUUUCAAAAUAGUCUUAGGCUAUUAAGAAAAUACCCAACUUACAAUAUAAUUAAUGAAUUAAAUCUAUAUUGUUGAAAUAUAUAUGCAUAUAUAAUUGCCACCUUAAGGUAAAAAAAAAAAGUGCUAAAAGUAAUAGCAUAGGAAUAAGAAAUAUAACGAAUUGCUUAGCCACCUGGCAGGGUGGUGUCUUCCCACCACAUUGCCCUUUGAAGGGCCAGGUAGCAGCCGCUGAGAUGGGAGAUAUUCUGGUACCGGAACUCAUACCUCCCGUUUCUUCUACAGACAGAAAAAAAAAAAAAAAUGCUUCUAUUGAGGCGAUUCUCAAUAGACUAUAUGAGAAGGUGAUGUUUCCACUGAGUAGACGCCUUCUACACCGUCAUGGUUCCAUAGUGUCACUGCUACUUGGGUCUAGCGAAUCAGUGGAUCUCAGUGUAUAGGUACAUUGACCACCUUUCCCUGCCCCCCACUGCCCCAUAUCCCGAAACUGACGGCACGUCCAUCCGUUCAGAGACAUGACUUUACAGAGUGACUUCCGUGCAGACUGCUCAAAGUAAGCAUUUCACCUCUCAACCUACCGUUCCUUCAGCCCCUGGCCACACAUAUCAACCUGAUAGUUCAGCAGACAAACAACAAAAGCAGAAAACAACAAAUGGAGCUACAUCAAAAAGCUUAAUAGCUCAGCACCAUGCUUGUAUUUAUUUUCUGACUACACAGUAGCUGUCACCAAGGCAUAAAAACCUGUUAAAAGGCCAGAGCCCUGUUCAGGAGACAACUCAUGAGGCCUUUGUGCUUGGAAACACAGGUUAUACCGUUACAAUAUUGUCCACAAAAGUGGAGAAUCUCAAACAAGCUCUUGGCAAACAGGGAAACAAAUUUGAUCAUCUCCUCUUCCCUCCUCCCCAUUCUUGAAAUACAGUAUUUAUAUUUUCCAGCCUCAGAGAAGAUAGCAGAACAUGAUCUUUCACAAGAGAAUUAUAGACCUGCUUAUUAUAAAACAGAUGUGCUUCGAUGGCAAAGUGCCUUUUCCUCCACCCCCGGCUCCCUGUCACUGUAGCUUGCUUCUGCACUCACUGUAAUUAAUGUCUCUGAUUCCCACUGUCAGCGAAGGCGUCCCCAGCACACUGCAUCGGAGACCUGUAAGCAGGAUCAUCUCCUCCCCUUCUAGCACAUUAGCUCAAUGUACAGAAUUUCCUGUCCCAACUCACAGACACCCGGCUUGGACCCGCCAAGAGUCAGAAUUCUGGAUUCCUCUUCGAAAGGCCUGUUUCUCACCAGUGCCAUUGUAGAGGGCCGUACUAAAGAUUAGCAGUCCCUGAACUCUUAAGGAGAACUUUCCACUCACAUCCUUCUCUGCUUAUUUUCAAAAGGGUGGGGGUGGGGGGAGGAAUAGAGUGCUACCAACAUCAGCUGCCCAGAAUUGGCACUGAAUCCCAUCUGCUGCUGUUUUCUCUUCCUCUUGUGAGUCCCUGACAGCAGGGUCGGGGCCAGCCACAGGCCUGCACCAACACUCAGCCACCACCACCAAAAUCCAGUGGGACACAGCAGAGCCGGCCUAGGAGCAGGGUCUGCCAUGGAAACUUAAAAUGGCCUUUUUCAGCCCAGAAUGCCUCCGAGCACAUGAACACGCUCACUAUUUUCAACCCUAACCAAUUACUUGGUGCACUGUUAGGUAAUUGUUUCUCUGCUCAGAAACUGUCGAAACAAAAGCAAAUCUGUGGAUUACCACCUCCUUAAGACUAAGCUAAUACCUGCUUUCCCUCGUGUUCCAUUUUUCAUCUCAUAUUAAAUAUCUUGCACAUAAAGCAUAUGAGAAAAUGGCCAAUUAAUCUCCUAGAGCUGGCAGCCGAGUCAGGGGAACCUUUUCACUUGGAAGGCCCAUUCCCUGGUGUAUCACUUGAGGAAAUCCCUCCUAAAAGUGCCAGAAACUCAUGUGUGAGACAGUCCAACCCUAGUGAAGUGUUGGCAUCUAACCCUGCAGUAACGCAGCCAGUUCCUAAAAUAGACCUCAGUUUGCACCACGGCAGGAAGCCGCAAUGUACUUAAAAAACAGUCAAUGCAGUGGGAGCUGUGUCCUUUCCAGAGCUGCUUUAGCCUCACGUUGAAGGCCUCUUUAUCUGAAAACCACAUAAACUCUGUCUCCCGUCUUUAUUUCACUGCCUUUUCAAGAGACUGGAUUCUUCGUUUGCACGUCUGUGGAGCUAAGGGUAAUCUUUUUUAGGAGCUUGAAUAUUUGAUUAGGGAAAUCGCUUUUUAACUUUUCUAGAAUAAGCUUCUACCUAAACAGGGAUAUCUCUAGCACUUGAGAUUCGUGGUCUCAGCGGGCAGGGUGAUGUCCUCCAGGCUCCAGCUGCGGGGGAGUGUGGCUCUCGCUCUAGCAACCUUGGCUGGGCUGGACCUCAAUGGGGCGUGGUCUUGCUUUGUCUCUGCAUGUGGACACUGAACAUUAACACUGGAUAGUUUCUUCCCCGGCCUCCUCAAAAAGACUUGGCUCCCAAACCAAUGGGUCAGGUCUCUACUACCCAUCCCUGGGCCAGAAAAGGUCAUCUGUAGAUGAUACCAGGAUGGAACAAGCGUGAUGCCACUCAACACCUCCUGCAAGGAGAGGCAUCUGGAGAAGCGGACGAACAUUCCACCACUAAUUUAGGGUAAAAUUAUUGCUGCUAUUCACGUUCAUGUAGAAUGAGUCAUCUCUGUUCUGCUGCACUUAAUUGAGAUAACUAGUGAUAAUGAAGUAAGAAGACUUUAAGUCCUGAUUCUAAGUCUGCCUGGAGUCAACACAAAUGUGUUUUGUUUUGUUUUGUUUUGUUUUAACCCCUCCCAGUAAAGUGAGAUGCAUGCACCUUUCCCCCUUUUCUUUCUGGAUUUUCUGUCUCACCAUUUUUCUAAUUGUAAAAUAAUGUGAAAAAAAUGGAGACCUUGGGCAAGGCUGAAAGAAAUGACCACUCCCCACCUCCCCACCCCCUUCGCAUGAAUUGAAUCUUAGAAGCAUUUUGUUUCCCUUUCCUGGGUUCCAGCUGACAGUGAACAUUCAGAGCUUCUGUAUUGUGUGGCUAGUCCCCAAGUCUAGCAGGACUAACAGCUUGAGCUUGCACCCAGGAACAAGUUACUAAGCCCUGGUCAGUUUAUCUUAGCAAUUGUUCCUUCUACCCCGUGGCCACACACAGACUCCAGCUCCCAGCAGCCGCCUUCUUUGCAGACAGUUCUCAUUUUGAUUUGGUUGAUUCCAAAAUCUCUGGCUUGAGGGUUUUUCUUUGGUAUGUUUUAGUAGACGUGUAGCAAGGUAAAAUCACCAAGUGUUGUAAAAGUCCGACGUGUGGAGCCCCCUCCUAAAUACAUCGGUGAUUGUCAGGAGUUUGAUUGAAAAGGGUUCCGAGUGAUCAUACAUUAAUGUGUUACGUGAACAGACAACUGCUGUUUCACUUUGGUCUCCACCUGUGUAGACAGCAGCCAUCUUGUUAGAGUGGCAGUGAAAACAUUGCUGUCCAGCUGGGAGAGCCAGGCACCUCCAGCUCCUCUGAGCACAGCAAAGAACUUUCCUACAGCCAGGGAGCUGCAGGCCAGCCUCUCCCCGCUUUCCAUGCUCAUCCUGGCCCCCUCUUCUGAGCCGUGGUCCAGACUUCUCAUGGCUAGUAAACCAGCUUCUGGACCAGGGGGGCCUCAGGCUCCUCCAUGCUGGCCUCGCCACUCGCGCUUUGUCCCUGUAGGAGUGCCUUAUAGUACCUUCCAGAGCUUCUAGUCUAGCCUCUGACCCACUUGAAGGCUGCAGGACCUUUCAGCUGAGUUGGGAUCACCUCGCUUCCUUCCUGCUGGCUGGUCUUCCACAGAGCCCUUGCGGCUUGCAUGGUCCAUAUACAUGUCACCCUCUCACCUCUGUCCGACCUGGUGCCUUAACCUCAUGAGUAGAAGGAUUCCUGUGGGAAAUGGUGGUAGAAGCACCGACCUCUUAGCUCCUUGGACACUUUGACCAGGAAAUACAACAGAUAAAACCACGUAGUGUUUUCACUUUAUUUUAUGCAAUUUUCUUAAUCACGCUUCUGGUU